CCGUGAAAGUGUCUUGUGGAGGCGGACAUUGUUGUGCUCAACGUCCAGCCCAAUCGCGGCCACAAACCAUGGCGAUACGAUGAAGAAAACGGAUCGUUUUUGAAAGCCUUCUAUCUUUUUUUAAAAAAAAUGAAGCGUAUGUGGUUUCUCGCCGAAGUGGAGAGCCCAGAGAAAAGAGUCCAUUAAACCCGGAGUCCAAUCUGGAUAGCGAGCGGCGAGCGCCGCGACACAAACAACAUCGAACAUUUGUGUUGUGCAAGAAAGGAAAUCAAAACGGCGGUGGAUCGCGCGGAGGAUUUUUGCAAGCUGCCGCUACCUUCAAAACAAGCAUCGUUCUCAUCAUCCUCGUCAUCGGGUGGCGGUGAAAUAAGAUCGGUGGCCUUUCCCUUGCUCCUGGAAACCUGUCUUGCAGCCGCUCGGGGGAGAUGCUUUUUCCGCAGAUUUUUGGGGACGAAAAGCACAAGAUUGAGCACAAAUGUCAAAUUAAUCCGUGCCGGUGUGAAGUUUGCACCCAGAAGACGAACUGGAUGAGGGGGCUCAUCUUAUGAACUGUUUGCAUCCUCUCAGCACUUUCACAUUUUCUCAGGGUGUAAUUUGAGGAGAAGAUGAGCAGCGAAGGAGAGCUCCUGACCCGAGAGCUGUCCAAGAUGUCGGACGAGGACCUGCUAGCAUGCUCCAAGGAAGAGCUGCUGAGUCGCCUGCGCAAGGAGGAGUCGGAGAAGAUCUCGGCGCUCAUCCAGCGGGGGCGUCUCAUCAAGGAGGUGAACAAGCAGCUCCAGGGCCACCUGCUGGAGAUCCGGGAGCUCAAAGUCAUCAACCAGCGCUUGCAGGAGGAGAACGUCGAGCUGCGGGACCUGUGCUGCUUCCUGGACGACGACCGGCUCAAGGUGAAGAAGCUGGCGCGCGAGUGGCAGCAUUUCGGUCACCACGCUGCCAAGGUCAUGCGGGAGGACCUGGGCGGCUACUUGAAAAAGCUGGCCGAACUGGAGCGCACCCAGGACGGCCUGGUCAAGGAGAACCUGGACCUGAAGGAGCUGUGCCUGGUCUUGGAGGAAGAGUGCGUCACCCGCAGCGACUCCAGCCCUGGGGGGUCCACCGAGCUGGCCUUGCCGUGCAUGGUCGCCAGGGACCUGGGGGACGGGAGCUCCAGCACGGGAAGCGUGGGGAGUCCGGACCAGCUCCACUUGGUGUGCUCCCCGGAUGACUGAUGCGUCUACAAGGGCUUCGAAUAUGGACGCUGAGGGCUAGACACAAGGGCUGUGGUCGGAAUCGUUCCCUAAUCACAAAGAUCUGAAUCAAAUGGACCUAGAUAGAUCUUUUCAAACCUGCGCUAAAAAACCUGUGUGUCGGACAUCCGGGGGCUAGGAAUGAGUGACUAGAUUCGGAAUCGUUCAUCAUUCGAGUCGAAAAUACUCCAUAGGGAUUUUCAUAUAGUAAACUGCGUAGUUCAGGAAAGAGUCACGUCGAAAUCCUUUAAUAGUGACCCGGGAGUCGGAAAUGAGCGAGUGAUUCCGAAUCAUUCUCUCAUUCCCGAAUCACUAAAAUGCGAUUUUUAGACCCAUUUAAAAAGUGCAAAUAAUUGAUGGGAUAAGGUCAGAAGAUGAAUAAACAAGAAUGCAGAAAAAAUAUGAUAAAUAUGGGGGCAGGGGGGUGGGUCUGGAAAUAAUGUGUGAUGGGUUCCCUUGUAAAAACUCUUUAGUAGUCGACAAAUGUGUGGGAGUCCACUGUCAUGACAAAAGUCCGCUAGCUUCAUGUCAACAUAAUGUGAAAUGCCAUAGACAGGCUAAUAGGAAUUGGCAAAGUUAUAUUUAGGCUCAACCAAAUUAACACAGAAAAAAAAAACUGAAAAAAACAUGAAACAUUAAUUUCACUCUCUCUACGCCCAGUCGAACGCGGUGCUGCCUGGCACAUUGUGGCACAACGCGGUACUCAACUCCACGAUCAGGUGGUCUAGCCGAGGUUCACUGUAGUGCUUUUCUAGUAACCUAUAGCUCUUCAGUACUUUUCAAAAUCAUUGGGGGAUACAUUCAGGGCAUUACGAAGCAGAAUCUAUUUUCGCUAGUACUACAAUAUGCCGAAGUGACUCUAUGGGGCGCAUGAUAGUAGAUCGGAAGUGAUUCCGAACACAGCCGAGCUGUUCCAUUCGACUACGUGAGCCUUUCGAAUGCUGCAAGACUCGCUGCGUGCCACAUCGCUGAACAUUUUCAGGACUUUUCACAGACGUUUCUAGAUGUUUGCCACUUGAUACUCGAGGUUUAGAGCAAUUUUACAGUUUUUCUAAUGACUCUUCCCCUAAAUCCUUUUUCAGUGGUUUGUUGUUUAGAGAAAAAAGAAAAAAAAAGUAACUGGACCAAAAAGUGGGUCGCAUUAAUGUAUCUCAUGCACUGGACUCGGGUUGCAAAAAGGGUGGAUUUUUUUUCAGUAAAUUUUUGCAAUGUUUCUGGAAGUUAAUGUGGAAUUUUUGGGAAUAUUCCAAAUGGGAAACGUUCCGUGGGAAUUUAUGGGAAUUGGGGGUAAUUUACUUGCAAGGUAUCUCAUGGGUACAAAAUGGGUCUCUUGGUCCACUUUCAAGGGCAUUACAGUAUGUUCAUCACGCUGCUGAUUUUAUAAUUAUUAUUUUACUUAACUCAACUAGCAGCGUGCCGGCACGAUGGAUCAGCUGGUAAAGCGUUGGCCUCACAGUUCUGAGGUCCAGGGUUCAAUCCCGGACCCGCCUGUGUGGAGUUUGCAUGUUCUCCCCGUGCCUGCGUGGGUCUUUUCCGGGCACUCCGGUUUCCUCCCAGAUUCCACAAACAUGCAACAUUAAUUGGACACUCUGAAUUGGCCCUAGGUGUGAUUGUGAGUGCGGCUGUUUGUCUCCAUGUGCCCUGCGAUUGGCUGGCGACCAGUUCAGGGUGUAACCCUGUCGACAGCUGGGAUAGGCUCCAGCGCUCCCCGUGACCCUCAUGAGGAUAAGCGGCAAAGAAAAUGGAUUGAUGGACUGGCAGCAUAAUCUUCUUGCCAUACUUACUUCCAUGUAAUCUAUUUUUGUUCCAUUUUUGGUUCUGCUAAAUUAUAGUAUUAUUUUAAAGUUACUUAUUAAGCGGCAACUUUCCAUUUUGUUUUGGUUUAUUCCCAUGAAUUCCCCGUUAAAAAAAUUUCCAACCUUUCCUGGAGUUUUGCAACCCUACACUGGACUAGCCUACACUGGUUUAAAAAAAAAAAAAGAAAUAAAAAAAGAGCCUUUUUUUCUAUUGCACUGGACAGCGUUACCUUUGGUCUAAAGAUCAAUUUCAAUCCAGUUUUGAGCCAUAUUUAGUCCGUGGAAUCCCAAUAACACUGAAGCGGAGUUUGAGGUAGUGAAAAAUUGAAAAAAUUUGCCAUUCGCGAGCAACAAUGUCCUAUUUUAAGCGCGCUCCACCUCAGGACCGGGACGCGAGUGCCAUACGACGAGCGUGGCGCCGCGACGACGGCCCUUCAGGUUUCACGGCAGGACGAGCGAGCGGUAGACGUCUUCGGACCGCACUCGGAACUCAAAUGAACACUUAAAAGGAAAAAACUGGAAAGUCUUUGUAUCAAACUGGAAGAAGUUCGAAUGCUUUGCAUUCAUCAUCGUUCUACUGUUUUUUGACUUAGUUGUCGUUGAUGUUCACUUCAAACACAGCACAGACUUUUGAGUUGCAUCUUUCUGUAUGCUUUGUAUUUACACUACUUUGUAACAUUAAGGAUAGUUUACACUACUCGCAAAAUGUCCGAUUUUGGGGCCCAAUUUCAGGAUGAACGUCAAAGACUGGAACCCGUUGCUGGAUUUUUUUGGGGGGGAGGAAAAGUGUUGACAUUGCAAUCAAACUGAGUUUAAAAAUCAGUUAUCUAGCACUGAUUUUUUUUUCUGUCAAUUUUUUUGAAAAAUCAAUUGAAAUUCAUUUUUUGGUCAAUGUUAAAAUGAAUUUAAAGUUUUAAAACAUAUUUUUUGUCCGAGUAAAACUCAGUAAAAACAAUGUCACGGUAAAAAUAAAAUUAUAGUUAUGCAAAUGAGGCUAAGGCUAGUGACUGGUAUGACGGCCCUUUCUGUGACUCUUCCAGUGACUAUGUUGAGCUUCUUAGCCCGUAUUGUGCAACAGAGAAACUAGAGGAGUCACAGAAAAGCAUAGGAAGAUUCAACCGAAUACCCUUAACUUUUUGUGAGUACACACUGUAUAUUUUUGAGCCCUUACUUUUCUCUUGACUUCUAUGUAUUGCCAACCCUUUUAUUUAAGAGAUCCCCUGGGCGAUGCUGUUUUAUUUGGUGAGCUGCGCGCUCAUUGUGCAUUGAAGAGCUUUAAAUACAGUGCUACGAGACUUGCCACAGUGCCGUCCUUUCUUGUUUGACACGCACAUGUACAUGACGCGCGGUUGCACGCAUACUGACUGACACGAUCAAUUUGUGCACGUGUUGCUGUGUUGACCUGGUGCCCCAGGCAAGAAGGCCCACAUAGGACUAAUAAUUAAAAUCACACAAAGCAAACUUACGAUGGUAUAGUGUCAAUUACUUAAAAUAAACCAACAGAUACAUAUUCCCAAUUACAAGUCUUGUAAAAGAAAAUGAAAGGAAUACUC